UGGCGAUUUGGAUUUGUUCUACCUAAUCUUAUCGGGUGAUCCCAAUAACGAGGUAGAGUGGCGAUAUGGUCGGAGUAUAAAACUACGGCAUCGCUAUCUCGUAUGGAAAAGUCUGUGAAGUAGUUCGAGAAGGUGGACAUCAUUGGAUUAUAAGAUUUUAGUAGAACGGAUAAAGAAAAAAACUCACGAACCGGAAUAAAUCAUGGGUCAACCGGACGGACCUCCGACGAACAGCGAUCCCCAUGGCAAAGAAGGGUCUGGAGACUCGCCGAACGAAAGUCGGGAGGGCAACGGUGAACCCGAAAGACCGGGAGGACCCGGAGGACCGCCGGGUGACGCACGUGGUCCCGGAGGACCCGAUCCCGAGGGACAAGGAGAUCCCGGAAGCCCCCACCAAGGACAUCAAAUGUUCCAGAUCAACUGGGGACCUCGCCACUGAAAAUUUUCAAUUCCGAUAAAAUUUCAUUAUUUAUUAAGACUCAGCCUGUCACUCGUGGUGUUCCUCUUCUCUUUCGACAUUGUUCCGUAGAUUAGUUUUUCAAACUUUAAAUUCCGUACCAUUAAUUUCACGAUUCGCAGUGAGCCGCAGCGAUCGGUUUGCCGCAGCGUAUCAGCUUUUCCCGAUUGACGCAAUUUGCAAUCGCUGUAUUGAAGAUUUUUACAAACCGGACGACAAACAAACGAAAUCAAUCACCCGUCGAUGAUUCGAUUUGCAUGUGAAAAAAAUAAAAUAAAAUAAAUCAAAUUAAAAGAA